UUCCUGUCCUUUCGCGGGUCCCGAUCAGGCGCCUACUUGCUGGACUGUCUAUAUUCUUCCUACGCAGAGAUCUCACUCGGGGAUAUGUUGGACGCUCAGGCCUCUCUCAGUCCCCGCUCAUGAAACUCGGGCAGAAAGCUACUCUUCCUGGCAGUGCAGGCUUGGGCUUCGUUGUCAGACCGACCCAUUCCCUCCGCAGGCUCUUUGCAGCAAAAACUCCUGUGCGCGGUAUCCACAACGCGCUCGAGAAAUGUCUUGAUCACUCCCGAGAUCGAGGCGUUCGCUCAAGGUUGACUUCCAUCGGGAGAGCUCUCGCCAUCGUAAGACGCGACCCGACACACUGCUGAGCUGAGUCCUCGAGUUUGGAUCAUACGGCACUGCCAAGGCCGACGAUGCUCGCCGUCGCAUUUCACGGCAACCUCUUUCUCUCGCUGUCGGUGGGGCUGUUGAUGAAGAAUGAGUCGUUGGCAGAGGAGCGGGCGAGCGAAUUUGGCUGGGAUACGAAGUUUCAGACUCUCGUCCCCGAGUGGAAGCUUGUCGAUGCGAAUUUGGAGCCCGCUCACUAUUCAGAACAUGCUGUCACAGCGGACGGGUCUGCCCAGGCAGCUUGUGGGACGUGUACCCAUCUACAGAGCUAGACGUCGAUCUUCAGAUACCUCAGAGCAUCCACUGAUUGGCCAAAAUGCAAAUCACUGGAGUCACUGUUCCGAAUGGGAAGGCCUCUUACCCUGAAUUGAGUCCCAAAGUGUACGGGUGUGGGCAAGAGCGUGCAUCAUAUCGUGGACACGAGUACAUCGAGCACGGUGGCAGCAACCCGGGCUUCAAGACCCACGUCAUUCGAUUCCCUCAGGACGGAUUCGGUGUCAUCUCGCUCUCCAAUGACGAGUUGGGCAAUGGCCUGAUGGAAACCGUCAAGUGGAGGCUCAUCGACUCAGCGCUGGGUAUGGAGCCUAUCGACUGGACUGUGAGAUACCGCGAAUCGCACAACAAGCGUUAUAAAGAGAGCCAGGACAUCACUCCGCGACCCUCGUCACCGAAGGCACCCUCGUCACCGAAGGCACCCUCGUCACCGAAGGCACCCUCGUCACCGAAGGCACCCUUGUCACCGAAGGCACCCUCGUCCUCCUUUGCUGCCAUGCACGAGACCUUCACUCACAGAGCUCACGGGCCAUUCAGCCCGUGCUAUGUCGCUUCUGGCCCUACAGGUCUUACGCCCGGAUGUAAUGCCGCGAGUAUGAGCCCCGUCGUCCAAGACGUCUUCAGCGCCUCCCCUGGCGCGCUGUAGUGCGGGGCGAGUUGGUUGAUGGGCCAGAGCUUGGAUGGGCUUUCCGGGUGGGCUUCUAGGGAAACCAGGGUAAGAUUCGCCCACCGGAGGGAAGCGUCGAGGACCAAGCUGAAAUGUAGUCUGGGCGCGUUCAGCUGGGAGAUGCUUAGUGGAAGUGUGGCUUCUUCGUCCUCAGUCACUAAUCUGCGGUAGGCGGCCCACGACUCGAUCGCGACCUGGCACCAUGUGCACUCACGCGGCGACCUAGUCGGUUUUCCCGAUGGACACCCCGUGAUAUUGGCUUUUUUCCGACUCGCACGGCUCGACGAAGAUCGAUAAUGUCUGUUACAUGAUCAGCCAGAAGGCUUCGCUCCUUCGGACCAUCGUCUUGACACCAGUCAUCUGUCGGUGUGAUUGCGCAAUUGUACGAACAACUUUUCUAUUGGUGUCUACUUCAAUGUGAUUAUCUAUGGCCGGAUUUCUCGCCAACUUGAGAGCAUUGAAUUCGCCAUUACCUUUUGAGCAGCCUGAGCAGCACAUCAAUGAUAUUGCCCAGGACAAAGCUGCUGGACACGAGUCCCGUGACACUCAGUGCCGACGCGAUCGGCCCGCAGCUCCGAGUAUGACGUCACGCGUUUACCUGCAGACGCGUCUCGCCUAGAUCAAAAC